UAUUGAGAGAGAGGACACCAAAAGCUGCAUAGACAUGGGUUCAGAUCAGCCCUGCAUGGAUACUCCAGAGCCAAGACCCAUAUUGGGUCCUGCCUGUAAGCAGCUGGGCCGUCGGUGUCUGAGGAAAAAGUUCAGGCCCGCGCGAAUCUUGGGGUUGGUCUUCAGUCUGGUGGCCUUAAGUGCUGUCUCCUUCAGUGCCUUUACCUGGAACUCAGGAGGUGUCAGCGAGCCAGUGCUCCCCCAGGAGAGUCUCCAUCAGUCGGCCCCACACAGGACCCUACUUUUUACCCAACACCAGAGAGACCCCAACGUGUCAGCGGACAUGCCAAUAGCCAUGAAAUCUACAGCAGAUAGCAACGACAGCCAGGGGGAGUAUCCACCAGACAUUUUUACCCUCUCCCAGAGGCGCCAAGGAGCAGUGGUCCUCCACAUGUUUGGCAUGAUCUACAUGUUCAUCGCGUUAGCAAUCGUUUGCGACGAGUUCUUCGUCCCGGCGCUGACAGUUAUCACAGAGAAGCUGACCAUUUCCGAUGACGUUGCGGGCGCCACCUUCAUGGCGGCGGGAGGAUCAGCUCCAGAGCUCUUCACCUCCGUCAUCGGCGUUUUCAUCUCGCACAGCAACGUGGGCAUCGGCACCAUCGUGGGCUCGGCCGUCUUCAACAUCCUCUUUGUCAUUGGGAUGUGCGCCAUCUUCUCCAAGGAGAUCCUCAACUUGACGUGGUGGCCACUCUUCCGUGACGUAUCCUUCUAUAUCCUGGAUCUGAUCUUGCUCAUCAUCUUCUUCCUGGAUAACGUCAUCUCCAUGUGGGAAAGUAUCACGCUGCUCACGGGCUACGCCGCCUAUGUGAUCUUCAUGAAGUUCAACAGCAAUGUCGAAGGAUUUGUCAAAGAUUGCAUGAACAAGAACCAAGUGGUAGAAGUAGAGGUACAACCCAAGGCGCGGCCUCGCCUUCAAAGGGGAGGUAGUUCUGCCUCGCUGCACAACAGCUUGAUGCGGAACAGCAUUUUCCAGCUGAUGAUCCACACGUUGGACCCUUUAAGUGAAGAAUUUGCUGACUCUGAGCUUGGGACUUAUGGGAAACUAAAAUAUUAUCACUCAAUGACUGAGGAAGGUAAAUUUCGAGAGAAGGCGUCUAUUCUGCACAAGAUUGCUAAAAAGAAAUGCCAAGUGGAGGAUAGUGAAAAGGCCAAUGGUGUAGCGAGCCGUUCAGAUAAGAACCUUCCUAACAGCUCCAGUGUGGAAGUGGAGGUGACCCCACCUAUGAAUGGAACAGCAGGGCAAGAGGGGGAGACGGCUGAGGAUGAAGAAGAAGAGGACCAGCCUCUGAGCCUGUCCUGGCCUGAAUCUAGCCGCAAGCGCUUCACCUACCUCCUGAUCAUACCUAUUGUCCUUCCCCUGUGGCUAACGCUGCCUGACGUCAGGAAAACGUCAUCAAAGAAGUUCUUCCCCAUUACAUUCCUGGGUGCCAUCUGCUGGAUUGCAGGAUUCUCCUACCUAAUGGUGUGGUGGGCCCAUCAGGUUGGAGAGACCAUUGGGAUUACAGAGGAGAUUAUGGGACUGACUAUAUUAGCAGCUGGAACCUCUAUCCCUGACCUCAUCACCAGUGUUAUUGUGGCACGCAAGGGGCUGGGUGAUAUGGCUGUAUCCAGCUCUGUAGGCUCCAACAUCUUUGACAUUACUGUUGGACUGCCGCUCCCCUGGCUCCUGUGGUCCCUAUUCAAAGGCCUGAGACCGGUGCAAGUCAGCUCCAACGGCCUCUUCUGUGCAAUCGUGCUCCUCUUCCUCAUGCUCCUCUUCGUCAUCAUCUCCAUCGCCGCCUGCAAGUGGCGCAUGAGCAAGCUGCUCGGCUUCAUCAUGUUCAUGUUAUACUUCGUCUUCCUGGUGGUCAGUGUCAUGCUAGAGAACAAGGUCAUUAGCUGCCCGGUGACUAUUUAAGGACCUUUCAGGGACCUACAUCCCCUCCGUCACCCUCACCACUGUAACCAUCCUAUUUGUCUGCUGUCUGUCUCAUCUGACCCUUUGCGAUCCUUUACACCAGGAACAAAAGAAAAAAAAGAAGAACUGUACAAGAGAUGAAUGAAAACUGUGGGAUCUCCCUUUAUUUUCAGUGAGCAGGUGGUGGUGGGGAGCGCUUAAACCAUUAAGGGACAAGACUACGGCUUGGCUGGUUUAACAUAGGUUUAACAAGAGUGGAUUUUAAAUAUGUUGUUAUUUUCACUGG